GAGAAUUAUUUUUCUAAUAAAUAAUUGAAAAGAUGGUUUUGCGUGAUUUGAUGGGCAUAAACCGGUUAUGCGUAGACGACCAAACCCGUUUAACUACGAUAAUCGAGUCGGCAUUAUAACUAUGUAAACCAACUUGAUUUCGACAAAGAUUUGAUAUUGCUUGCUCCGCAAGCUUUAUAGCUACACGGAGAAUCUAAAAUUCACUAGAAAAAGGAUCAAGCCAAUUAAUAUCUUUUUACCCUUUUUUUAGGUCAAGAAAAGCAAAUCAAUCUAUAGAUAAUAGUUCCACAUAACUCUCUAGCGAAACAAGAUGGGCUUUAAAGUCUCUCUCUGACCUAGUUUCUUAUUUUCUAUAAGAAGAUAAAAGGAAACUGAGCAAUAAGAAUUGGCAAAGACAAAAAAAAUGGAAAAGUUGAUUUCAAUUGUGAAAAGGAAAUUAUGAAGCACGUCUUUGGGUAUAAAAGAAGACGUCCCCUAAAUAAUCAACGAGCAAUAAAGACAGAAAGAGAGAAGAGAGCACAGCAAGUUCAUAUCUAAGCUCAGCUCUUUACACUUUAGGUUUUUAAAUCAUGCCGAAGAACAAAGGAAAAGGAGGAAAGAACAUUAAGAGAGGAAAAAAAGAAGCAGACGACGAUAAACGAGAGAUCAUAUUCAAAGAAGACGGCCAAGAAUACGCUAUAGUUCUCCGCAUGUGUGGCAACGGACGGUGCGAAGCCAAGUGCAUAGAUGGAAUCACAAGGAUGUGUCACAUCAGAGGUAAGAUGCACAAGAAGGUUUGGAUUAGCGCUGGUGACGUUAUUCUUGUGGGACUAAGGAUGGAUAUGGACAACGACACCAAAGCUGACAUCAUCCAUAAGUAUACUCCUGACGAAGCUCGUUUUCUCAAGAGUUGUGAUGAGCUUCCUCGUGACCUUCGUCUUAACGAAGGGGUUGCUGAUGUGUUUGAUGUGGAGGAUGACGUUGAAUGUGGUCAGGACUAUUUUGAGUUUGGUGAUGAUGAGAUUGAUAGGCUCUAAACUAAGCUCUGAAUCUAUUUUACUAUUACUAUUUACUUUGUUCUUCUUUCUAGUCUCUCAGAACUAGAUUGAUGUCUUGUCUCAGAUUUUUGUCAGUUUAUAAAAUAUUCUCAUUCUUUA